AUGCGACGAACGCCGUGUGUCUUUUGCAAGGCUGUUUUUGAUUUGAACAAUGCGGCGCGGUUUGCCACGGGUGUUGUGCUGGACCGCCCCGUCGCUUUCCUCAAUGGCAAAUUCGUGACCCCUGCCGCAGGUGCAACCAUCGCCGUGGAGGACCCCUGCACCCAGACAUUUAUUGGCGAGGUGCCGAACUUGGGAAGGGACGACACGAUGCAGGCGAUUGGCGCGGCCAAGUCGGCCUUUGAAGGCUGGAAAAAGGUGAUGCCGCGAGAGCGUGCUGUAAUUAUUCAUCGCUGGGCUCAGUUGAUGCUUCACCAUAGCGAAAGCCUUGGAGCUAUUCUCUCGCGCGAGUCUGGCAAGGCCCUUGCGGAGGCCGUGGGCGAAUGCCUGUAUGCGGAGCGCUACCUUGAGUGGUACGCGGGGGAGGCGGAGCGGGUGUACGGCGACAUCGUCGGUGGGCCCCGUGAAGGGGUCACCACGACUAUUCUCCGGCGCCCGCUCGGGGUGGUGGGGGUCAUUACGCCCUGGAACUUCCCCUCCUCGAUGGUGACCCGGGCGGUGGGUGGCGCCCUGGCUGCAGGGUGCACGGUUGUACUCAAGCCGUCUGAGUAUACCCCGUUUAGUGCUCUGGUGUUGGCGCAGUUAGCGGCGGUGGCAGGCGUGCCACCCGGCGUCUUUAAUGUGCUAACCGGAGAUGCCGAGCCGAUUGGAGACACGCUGCUGGACUCCUUUGAGGUGCGCAAGAUCGCCUUCACAGGGUCUACGAGGACUGGAAAACACUUGUAUGCCCGCUCUGCCGCCACCAUGAAGAGGCUUGGGCUGGAGCUCGGUGGCAACGCACCAUUCAUUGUGUUUGAUGACGCCGAUCUCAACCGGGCAGUUAGCGGCCUUAUAACCUCCAAGUUCCGCAAUGCAGGCCAGGCGUGCAUCAGCAGUAAUCGGGUCUUUGUGCAUGAAUCCAUGCAUGAUGCUUUUGUGGCGCGGCUUGUCGAGAAAAUUCGGGCGACAGUGCGCGUGGGUAACAGCUUUGAUGCGAAUGCAACGAUGGGCUCGCUCAUCCAUGGCGCAGCCGUGGAUAGGGUGGAAGCGUUGGUGCAUGACGCCGUGGCAAAGGGCGCCAAGGUGGAACUGGGUGGCACGCGCCUUCCUGGCCCUGGAUACUUCUUUGAACCCACCGUUAUCACAUGUGUGCAGCACGACACAAUGAACUGCUGUCAGCAGGAAGUGUUUGGCCCAAUUGUGCCGAUCAUCAAGUUUUCGAGUGAGUCGGAGGUGGUCCAGCUGGCCAAUGCCACUCGCUCCGGCUUGGCGGCGUACAUUUACACCCAGGAUUACAGAAGACAGAGCCGUGUUGCGGAGCAGCUGCAGUUUGGCAUGCUGGGCGUGAACGACGUGGGCCUAUCCUCGCCAUCUGCGCCUUUUGGUGGGGUGAAGGAGGGCGGACUGGGUCGGGAUGGCUCCAAGUACGGCAUUGACGCGUUUGUCGACAUUAAAUAUGUCUUGGAAUCGCGUGUUUAA